AACCAGCAGCACCCACUUGUUUCCAGAGAAGCAGAUAAUUCAGCCAUGCUACUGGCAAGUGAUGAAGAGGAAGGAAGAAACAACAAUAGUGCAUGGUCAUCAGGUACUCUUAGUUCUCCAAACUGGAUGGAUGAGUACUUAGAGCUUAUUGAAGGGUACGAACAACAAAGAAGCCAGCAGCUGUUGGACAGCUCUGUACUGAGUGAUGAUGAUGAAGAUGAAGCAACAGAUAAUGAUGUGUCUGUGACUGAUUCAUCAUCUGAAGAAGGGGAUUCAUCAGAAGAUGAAACUGAAAGUUCAGAUGAUGACCACAUCCCAUGCUGCAUGAUGAUCAAAUGA